GAAAAGAGCGGCGGACAGGUGAGGUGUUACUUAGCUUUCCAAGCUAACUUCAACCGUCGCAGAUAGUUUUGUGGGGUUUUUAAGCGUUUUCCCCUCUAACAAGAUGUCAGACGAUGAAGAGGACUACAUGUCGGAUACGUUUCUUAAUAAGAUGCCAGACGUGAGGCCGGGUGUCCCCAUGUUGAAGCGGGUGAAGGAAGCCCUGAGGAAGGAGGAAAUUCACAAGGAAAAGAACUUGCAAAAUCGGCAGAAGACGUACAAGGAGCAGGAGCAGGAGAGUCGUGAGACAAAGCUGCAGAGCUCCAUCAGCAAUGAGAACAAGGGCUUUGCGCUGCUGGCGAAAAUGGGCUACAAAGCAGGCCAAGGCCUGGGGAAGGAUGGUGCUGGAAGAGUUGAGCCCAUCCCAUUGAAUAUCAAAUCAGAUCGAGGAGGCAUUGGAAUGGAGGAGGUGAAGAAGAGAAAAGCGGAGGAGAAGCUUGAAUGCUACCGGCAGAAAGUGCGUGUGCAGCAGCAGGCUGAGAAACAGUCACUCGAGGAUUAUAGGGUCAGGAUGCGAACGGAGAGAGAGGAGCGGCAGACAGAGGGAGACCUGCGGAGGAGUCAGCGUGUCUGUGAGCAGCUGGACAGCAAGAAGGGCAUCACUGUUCCCAGGGAGGACUGGUACUGGCCUGAUCUGAAGACAGAAAGCAAUGAUGAUGAUGAUGAUGAUGAUGAUAGCGCAGAGGAAGAAGAUGAUGAACAGCUACAGCUAAGUUCCCUGGAAAAGCUGCACAUUCUGACAUCAUAUCUACGGGGAGAACAUUUAUACUGCAUUUGGUGUGGGACUACAUACAAUAAUGAAGAAGAUUUGCACUCAAACUGUCCCGGAGACACAGCAGCCGACCAUGACUGACAACAGCGGGGCGACACAACAUGUUUUUCGUUGUCGUGUGAAAUUGAAUUCAUGUUUAUUUUUCGUCUGACAUGCAAACAGUUGUGAUAAUGUGUAAGACAUUGUUUUUUUUUUUUUUAAUGCUCUAAUUUAAUAUUAAUUAUAAAAGAGAUUUUUGUAAACAGUCUCAUUCUUUCAUCAUAUUUUUUAAAUGUGCCACUCUUGAUAAAAAAGAAACAUAACUGUGUAUUUUGAAACUCUUUGCUUUUUGUUAGCAGUAUAGGCACUAGAUUAACCUGGCACAAGUGUGUGGAUCUAAGUAUAAACACAUUUCACUGUUACCUGCAGUACAUGAUGUCAUAGGUGUAACAAGCAGGGUAUAAGAGACUUGCCCCCUCAGUAUUCAGUUUAGCCUGAUGUG